AUGGAUGACCCUUUACUCACUUAUACUCAUCAGGACCUUUCCCUUUCCCGUUUCUUUGUGCGUCUUUGCGUAGCCAGGACCACCACAACUCUUCCCCACCGAUCACCGGCGCCGUUUCAGCACCCAAAACCCAUUGUUGGACCCAAGGAUCACCAGCGCUUUCAAGCUUCUUAUGCAACUAUAUUAAAGGCCCAUAUGACUGCUAUAAAGAAGAGAGAAAGGAAAGACAAGAAGAAGCCUUCAAAGGCAGAUAAAAGAGAAGGAAGUUCAAAGAGACUGAAAAGAUUUUGGCUUGUUUUGUUUUCAUUAGUGUUCCUAUCACAAAUGGACUAGAUACCUGUCCUUCUACCAAAGGGUCUUCUGUUCAUAGUUCCUUGCCAAAGUCUCGGGUGUGUGAGUAUUCGGCAGAGCGAAGGGAGAUAUCUACAAAAGGCACUUCAAUGCUCAAGUGAAGGUGUUACGAUUAACCCUUGGAUCAUGACCAGCGCACAGACUAUGAUUUCGUUAGUCUGGCUAGCCUACCCUAUAUUAAAUAACCUGUAAAAGAACACAUGAUAUAUCUAGGCAAAUCUAUAUAUAUAUCUCAUUCCAUCCAUUUAAUA